GAAAACUUUCAAAAUGGCAGCUGACAUCUGAAAUUCAUGCUCAGACACCUUCUCGGAAUUGCAGCUCUUGUUCAAAAGCACAUUUUGGUUUCAAGUGCUGUACGCAUUGGAAAGUUUUAAAAUAGCUUUCCUCAAGUUAGUAAAAAUUAACACCAUCCAAUAAUGGAAGCCACAGGGUUGGUUCCAGCAAGGUUCCUGACAUUAAUAGCUCACCUGGUCUUGACCAUUGUCAUACUUUGGACUAGGGAAGAGAACAUAAAGAUGUGUUUGCCAGAUGACUACACGCAAGCUGAAUAUGAUGACAAGGAUACCCAAAUGCUUGUGGCCUACUCCGUUACACUGGCCCUCUUCCUGGUUGAGCUCGUCGGCUUCAUGGGAGGAAUCACCAUGUUCAUGCCGUUCCAAGGAUUACUCUCUACCGUGGCUCACAGUGCCGCAGCAAUAGCACUGUCCUACUUCCUGUUUGACCAGUGGCCGUGCCAGUGGUACUGGUACAUAUUUGGAUUCUGCUCCGCGUUCCCGGCUGUCACGGAGAUUGUCUAUAUGAUUGGUAUUUUAUGUUUCAGAAAAGGAUAUUGAUUUGGUUUUUAGCGCUUCCCUUGGAUGUACAGUGGAGUCCGACUAAAGUGGACAAUCGGUUAAAGUGAACGAUUUUCUAUGGUCCUGUUUGAAACGCUUUUUGUUUAAGUAAAAAAAAAUAGUG